CUUAUCUCUCUACAUCUCCGGCCGCCGCCGCCGCACGGAGCCUCUCCUGGCCGCUGCUGCUCUCUCCUCUCCAGUGCCCAAUCGCCGUCAUCUCCAACUCAUUGCGGCUCCCGAGCAUCGACCACUGGUGUGAGCUUGCUAAUUUUCUACUCAAGGGGUGGGUAGGUAUGGGGACGCGGGAGGUAUAUGAGGAGAAGCUCAGAAGUGGGAAUCUCCAUUAUGAUCCAACUAUCAAACCUGGGCUUGGCUCUGCACGGUGCCCCCGCUGCCUUUCGCUAGUCGAUCCCAACUCGGGAAGUGCGGGGUGGACAAUUACUUCAGUACUUCAUGAUGCAACUGCUGUGGCGGGGUCAGGAGCUGCUGCUAUGCUAAGUGCUGUUCAUGGUUUCAAUACAGGGAUUCCAUUAGUUCAGAAACAUGUGAAAGGACCCAAGUGGCUUCAAAUGCUAAUAGGGGUUCCUCCAUUGCUUGUCUUUUCUGGAGUUAGUGCUGCAUUUGGUGGUUAUGCUGUUCCGAAAUUUGCUCAGCUUUCAGUGACAUCUUAUUAUACUGCCUCAAACACAGCUCAGCGUGCGAUAUCACAAGUCACUAGAUACAUCGAAGACAAACAUUCUUGUCAUGCGUUGAAUGAAAAAUCAAGAUGAACUCAUUGUUGCUUCAUCCUUAACAAUCAGACACUGCAAGGGAAACAUUUCUCGCAGAUGCAUAGGAGUUGCAGGCCAUCUACUGAUCUUAAAUUCUAGUUGUUUGUUUGGUAUACUUUUUCAACAUCAUAGUAUACGUAGCUAUAUAUAUAUAUAUAUAUAUAUAUAUAUAUAUUGAAGAUACAACUACGUUCCAAAUCAAAUUUGAUAUGUAUUCAGGACUCCAAAAUAAAUGGGGUAGUGAGACCUCAAUAUUUCUGUGCAUUUUUUUUGUGGGACUUUAGAAGUUAGAUUAUGUGCUGCUUUGAGGAUUUUCUUGCAGGUAAUAAAAAUUUGUUUUGGUCAUG